AAGGGCCGCCCUCGGCUAGAUAGGUUUUGGAAGAGUGGAUCCAUGGCGUCGUCUUACGCGCUCGCGGAUUUCGUCGGCAAUGGCACGCUCAAGGAGAUCAUCGAUUCGCUUGUCGCGGAUGGCUGGGACGACGUUCCGACGAUCAAGAUGAUGAGCAGCGAGGACAUGGAGGCGCUCAAUCUCACGCAGCAGCAGCGGGACGCGCUCGAAAUCCGCAGCUACUUGCACGAUCGAGCGCUCAUGGAGUACGCAGACAAGCUGGAAGCGUCCGGCAAAACCCUGGCAGAGCUGAUCGGCGAAUCCCCCACCGCGCUCGCCAGCCAGUUUGGAAUGAAGCGCGGCCACGUCGCGCGAUUCGUUGAUCGCUCCGUCGCGUGCGGCAUCCGGAUGCCGCCAUCCUUGUCGCUGCCGGCCUCGCGAAGAACACGCUCCACAGUAUCGACGGUAUCUUCCAAAGAUUCUCAGCCGGAGGAGCCCGACAGUGCUCGUCCCGCCAAGAACCCUAGUCCUCCUCGAGACGAUCCGUCCAAGAAGGAGACCAAGGGGAUCGUCGCGUCGGCGCCAGCGGUCCCGAAGCUCUGUGGCCUCAUCCCUCCCCUGCGUGUCGACGAGAAUGUGACGCCGAUCGAAGUCCUCGAGAAGAUCAGCGUGCAGCGCGUCACUCCAGAGCACAAGAGGGGCAGCUCCAUCGAUGGAUGGAGCAUCGAUUCGGGCGUGGCAUUGCCUCCGCCGAUCAAAGCGGCGGAUCUCUGGAGCCGUCGCCCGGCAUUGCUGUUCAUCAUGAGAAGACCCGGAUGUGUCAUGUGUCGAGCCGAGGCACACCAGCUCUACGCUCGCAAGCCGAUCUUCGACGCCAUGGGCGUUCAUCUCGUGGCAGUCCUUGGCGAGUACAUGGAAGCCGAGGUGCGAGCGUUCUGGCCUCGCUACUGGGGAGGAAUGGUGGUGGUGGACAAGAACAGGGAGUUUUUCCAGGCGCUCGGAGGUGGCCGGUUGCUCAAAGACAACCUUGUGACGGGCUUUUGCUUCAACGCGGCAGCUCGGAUGAAUUACAAGCGCGCGCAGACGAGCGGAGCCGAGGGGAACUUUGUGGGAGAGGGCCUGAUCAAAGGCGGACUCUACAUCAUACGUGCUGGGAAAGCCGGGGUUGCUUACCAGUUCGUGGAGAGGAACUUUGGAGACUGGGCUCCCGUGGAAGAGCUUCUCAGCGUAUGUUCUUCGUUUCAGCCGAAGACUGUGGAUAAGAGUCAAGACUGAGUGAUCGAUCUGUAAGAUUUCCUGUGAUUUAUACGAGCGUGUGUACAUUACUAUCGA